AUGGUGGCUUCGGUCUUAGGAGUUGUGCAAGCACCCAAUUUUGGGAAAUAUUUGGGCUUACCAUCGUUCAUAGGACGGGAGAAAAAAAUUGUAUUCUCUUAUGUUGAGGAUAAAAUCAGGUCCAGAAUUGGCUCAUGGAAUAAGAAGUUUUUGUCUCAGGCGGGUAAGGAGAUCCUUCUGAAAAGUGUGGCACAAUCAAUGCCUACCUUUUCGAUGAGUGUAUUCUUGCUUCCUGCGUCGGUAUGCCUGUCCAUUCAGAGAGUCAUGAAUCGAUACUGGUGGAGUUCCGGAAGGGAUAAAGGCAUUCAUUGGAAGGCUUGGGAUCGAUUGUGUGUACCCAAGAAACAUGGAGGGUUAGGGUUCAAGGAUUUAAGGCCUUUUAAUCUCGCAAUGUUGGGGAAGCAGGCAUGGCGUUUCCUCACUCAACCCACUUCUCUUGUAGCAAGGAUUUACAAGGCAAGGUAUUAUCCUAAAACUUCUUUCAUUGAUGCUACAGUGGGGAACUGUCCAAGUUUCUGUUGGCGUAGCAUUAUGGCUUCCCAUGAGUUGGUGUGCACAGGGGUCAGGAGGAGAAUUGGGAAUGGAAAUUCUACACUAAUCUGGGGGCAUCCCUGGUUACCUGAUGACCCCAGUCUAAUGGUUCAGACAGCAAUGCCCUAG